AGCCAUUCAGCCGUCCAGCCAUGCCGACGAUCAGCGUCAAGCGAGAUCUGCUGUUUCAAGCGCUAGGAAGGAGUUACACCGAUGAAGAAUUUGAUGAACUAUGUUUUGAGUUUGGCUUGGAACUUGAUGAAAUUACUUCUGAGAAGGACAUAAUAAGUAAAGAGAAAGGUGAUGAAAAAGCAGAGGGUGCAUCAGAAGUUGUUCUCUAUAAAAUUGAUGUUCCUGCUAAUCGGUAUGACCUCCUCUGUUUGGAAGGCCUAGUCAGAGGCCUUCAGGUCUUUAAAGAAAGAAUAAGGGUUCCAAGAUAUAAAAGAAUCAUGCCACCCAGUGGAGGAAUUCAGAAACUUACCAUCACUGAAGAGACGAUCUCAGUCCGACCUCAUGCUGUGGCUGCCGUUCUUCGUAACAUUACUUUUGACAAAAACUGCUAUGAGAGCUUCAUUGACCUGCAAGAGAAAUUACAUCAGAAUAUAUGCAGAAAAAGAUCGUUGGUUGCUAUUGGAACCCAUGACCUAGAUACAAUUUCUGGCCCAUUUACAUAUACAGCUAAACCACCCUCAGAAAUCAAAUUUAAACCUUUGAAUCAGGACAAAGAGUACAAUGCUUCUGAAAUUAUGGAUUUAUACAGGACAGAUAGCCAUCUUAGGCAUUACCUACAUAUUAUUGAAAAUGAGCCACUGUACCCAGUUAUUUAUGAUAGCAAUGGUGUUGUUCUUUCCAUGCCACCAAUAAUUAAUGGAGACCAUAGCAAAAUAAGUCUGGGCACCAGAAAUGUGUUCAUUGAAUGUACAGCGACAGAUCUUACCAAGGCAAAAAUUGUAUUAGAUAUCCUUGUUACCAUGUUCAGCGAAUACUGUCAGAAGACAUUCACUGUUGAAGCAGUAGAAGUAACUUACCCGAAUGGAAAGAGCUACAUCCUUCCAGAGUUGGCUUAUCGUCGUGAAAAGAUAAAACCUGAAAUAAUGAACAAGAAAAUAGGAAUUAAUGAAACACCAUCAAGCCUUGCAAAGCUGCUCACCAGGAUGUGUUUGAAGUCACACGUCAUAGGGAAUGGGAACAAUAUAGAAGUUGAAAUCCCUCCUACCAGAGCUGACAUUAUCCAUUCAUGUGAUAUCAUGGAAGACGCAGCAAUAGCGUAUGGCUAUAAUAACAUUCAGAUGACUAUUCCAAAAACAUACACCAUAGCUAAUCAAUUGCCUCUCAAUAAACUCACAGAACUUCUGAGACAAGAUCUGGCAGCAGCUGGCUUUACUGAAGCGCUUACUUUUGCUCUGGUGUGUUCACCACAUUACACCAUGGAUGUAGGUACAAGAAACCACAGGCAUCUCUGUGCCGUAUAUUACAACAAGAACCCUGGCUUUGAAGUAAUCCAUGGAUUGCUAGAUAGAGUCAUGCAACUUCUGGAUGUCCUACCUAGUAAAAAGAAUGGAUAUUACAUCAAAGCAACUGAAGAGCCUGCCUUUUUCCCUGGUCGCUGUGCUGAGAUCUUUGCCAAAGGGCAGUGUAUUGGAAACCUAGGAGUCCUCCAUCCAGAUGUUAUUACCAAAUUUGAGCUGACCAUGCCUUGCUCUGUCCUGGAAAUCACAAUUGAGCCAUUCCUGUGAAAUCUUGAUUCUGCAUCCCUCCUUCAGGACAUGUCACCAUGCUGAUCCGUUGCACCAUUCAUUCCUUCUUUUAAAAGAAUAGAUCAAUCUUGGCUUGGUCAUAUAUAUAUAUGCAUUGUAAUAAGAAUUGCUUGAUAACAAUAUAGAGCUUCCCUUAACAGAUGGAGUCAUUAAUAUUUUUAAAAGCUAGAAGCUCGGUGUAUUAAUUUGUAUAUGUAUUGAUAGAGCACAUGAUACUAUUUUAAGGAGGUUUCAGAGGCUGAAUGUCUGACUUACUGAUUACAGCUGCACAACAAGAAUCUCGUUGUUUUCUUAUUGCAUGAUAUAGGAUAAUUUAUUACAACGAAUAUUAAACGGAUUCAAGCUUU